AUGACCUCGAUAGGGACGGGUUACGAUCUCCAGAACUCCGUCUUCUCCCCCGACGGCCGCAACUUCCAGGUCGAAUAUGCCGUCAAGGCUGUCGAGAAUGGCGGCACCUCCAUCGGCAUCCGCUGCAAGGACGGCGUCGUCCUCGCCGUCGAGAAGCUCGUCACAUCCAAGCUGCUGAAGCCAGAAGCCAACAAACGCAUCGCCACCAUCGAUAGACACAUGGGAGCUGUCUCGUCAGGCUUAGUACCCGACGGACGCCACUUCACGUCGCGCGCCCGCGACGAAGCGGCCUCGUGGCGCGAAGUCUACAAGGCGCCCAUCUCGACUGCCGACCUCGCCAGCCGCAUGGGCGGCUACCUCCAAGCCUACACCCUGUACUCCUCCGUGCGCCCCUUCGGCAUCACCGCCAUCCUCGGCGGCUGGGACUCCGAAGUCGAGCUCCCCGUCGACGGGCAAGUUGGCGACGGACCCGCCUCCGGCGCCGGCGGCAAGGCAGAGGGAAAGACGUACGGCGGACCCGCGCUGUACAUGAUUGAGCCCAGCGGACAGUACUGGGGGUACUACGGUGCUGCUACAGGGAAGGGACGACAGAGCGCGAAGGCUGAGCUGGAGAAGCUUGAUCUUGCGGCUGGCACGUUGAGUUUGGCGGAUGGAGUCAAGGAGGCGGCGAGGAUUAUCUACGUGGCGCAUGAGGAGAAUAAGGAUAAGGAGUUUGAGCUUGAGAUGACGUGGAUUAGUGCGCUGGAUGGGCCGACGAAGGGGAGGCAUGAGGAGGUGCCGAGGGAGUUGCUGGCGGAGGCGGAGAAGGCGGCGAAGGAGGCGCUGGAGGGGGAGGAUGAGGAUGAGGAGAAGAAGGAGGGGGAGGAGGGGGAUAAGAUGGAGGAGUAA